CAGCUAAAAUAUGUUUUCAGAUGCAUUACUUCAUGUUUAUUCUGUGUGUAAUGAGCCAUUUUCAGUUAUAUAUAUAUAUAUACAUAUUUGUGUUUGUUUGUAUUUUUACCUCCAACCAGCAGGUGGUGUAUCUUUUGUUUAACAUAACUGAUGUAGAUGCAAGAGGUCAGUGUAAUCACCUUCAGGUGUUGCUGCUUUGUGUUGAGUGAGAGCUGCCAGUGCCAAUGACCAAUUUCUAUUUAUGGUCAUUUAAUGGGCAAUCAAGUCAUUUGAAUCUGGGAACAACACAUUUUUUGAACUUGUGACAUGCUGAGCCACAGACUGUGGCCAUGUACAGUUGGAACAUUUUAAAUGGAAACAUUUGACAACACUGGAACAGCAAAUGGUGGGCUAAAAAGAACUGAAAUAUUUAUCUAUAGUUUAUUCAUGCAAGCACACAUCACCAUUAAAUCUCACAGUAACAACCUCUCAUCUGUUUUCUAAGAGUAGGUCAUCUGUCAUAGCAGCAUGUUACACUUCCUUUAACAUGAGUCAUUUGAGUACAAGCUUUAGCUGAGUGUGGAUUACUUUGGAGGAGGAGGAGUUUUGCUUUAUCAAUGAACUUCCUUUAAGUGUCGUUAGAUACGCCACAACUGUCAUUAGGGGUGAGGCAAAUGUUGCAACAGAAAAAAAGAAAGAAGAAAAGAAAUCAGGAAGUGUUUUGAAUUCAGCCCUGCACAGUCCACAGUUCUGCUUUAACAGUAGGAAGCAGAAGUGCAGCACAGCCAAGAAAGAUUUAAUACUACACCGUUUGAGAAGAUUCAAAGAUGUUUUUCUCAUUGGCCAGCAUCAUCUUUCUGUUCGCUGUCAUUAUUCCGGCUGCCCAGGGUGGGAAAGUUCUGGUUUUUCCACAUGAUGGCAGCCACUGGGUGAACAUGAGGGUACUUGUUGACGAACUGCAUUCAAGAGGACACGCUGUGACUGUCAUCCGGGCUGCAGACAGCUGGUACAUCAGUGAAACGUCUCCACAUUACAAUACUGUCACAGUAGAUGUUGCUGGUGGUGCAAAUGAGGAUUUCUUUCGUCUCUUUGUCUCUGAAGUUAUUAAAAUUAAGCGAAGCAAGGGGUCUGCAUGGUCCCGUUUUGCUUUAGACAUGGAGCUUAAAAACAAGUUCUUUGAAUUACACAGGAAAGUCUGUGAAGUGAUUAUUGACAUAUUUGAAAAUAAAGAAUUAAUUAAAUCCUUUCAAGACGCCAAGUUUGAUGUGGUUUUGACAGACCCUGCUAACGGAGGAGGAGUAAUGCUGGCUCACUAUCUUGGAUUGCCGUUAGUGUUUAAUGCUAGAUGGACUGUUCAUGGCGAAGCCCAUUUUGCUAUUGCACCCUCCCCGCUUUCCUAUGUCCCACUUCCACCUUCAGAACUAACAGAUGAAAUGACUUUCUUUGAGAGGGUCAAAAACGUAUGUUUUUAUACCAUGAGGAUGCAUCUGUACAAGCAGGUGGUUGGGCCACAUUAUUCUGCAGUGUCCAGCCGCUACUUUGGCCCCGAAGUAGACUACUUCUCCCUGUUUCAAGCAGCAGACCUUUGGCUCAUGAGAGUGGAUUUUGUGUUUGAGUUCCCUCGUCCCACCAUGCCUAAUGUUGUCUAUAUGGGAGGGUUCCAGUGUAAACCUGCAAAACCUCUACCUGAACACCUGGAGGAGUUUGUGCAGAGUGCUAAAGAGCAUGGAGUCAUCAUCAUGUCUCUGGGGACUUUGAUUGGAGAGCUUCCCCAUGACAUGGCUGAUGAGAUUGCUGCAGCUUUUUCCAGUUUACCUCAGAAAGUCAUCUGGAGAUAUAAAGGUGACAGACCAGCCACUCUGGGCAACAACACUUUACUAGUAGACUGGAUGCCACAGAAUGACCUCCUAGGACAUCCAAACAUUAAAGUAUUUAUAAGUCAUGGAGGAACAAAUGGAAUAUAUGAGGCUAUAUAUCAUGGAGUUCCAAUUGUAGGCAUUCCUAUUGUAUUUGAUCAAGCCGACAACCUCUCCAGACUGAGGGCAAAGGGCGUUGCAAAGGUAAUGGAUGUUUCUGAAUUGGAUAGGAAAAUAUUUCAGAAGGUCAUACAGGAAGUCCUGAAUGAGCCCUCCUACAGUAUGAACAUGCAGGGACUCUCCAGGCUGCACAGAGAUCAGCCAAUGAAGCCCCUUGACAACGCCCUCUUCUGGAUAGAGUUUGUCAUGAGACACAAAGGUGCAGCUCACUUGAGAACAGAGUCCUAUAGACUGCCCUGGUAUUCCUACCACUCUGUGGAUGUCAUAUUAUUUUUACUAACAAUCGCACUAUUCAUUUUGUUGUUUUUUGCUGGGUUAGUAUGGUCAUGCUUAAGACUGUGUUUGAAAAGAAAAGUGAAAUCUGACUAACCAGGAAAAAUGGAUUGAUUAAUUUCAUGUUGGUUAAUGUAUUGUUAUAUUACAGUCAGUUUGGCUGUGAUCAGUUGAAAAUUGAAAGGAGUAGUUGUUGAUAUUUACUUUUGUUCAUAAUCAAAUGAAAUCUGAAAAACUACCACAAGACUAGUAAACCCCCUUGAUGAAAUGAGCCAAGAUUACAAAGUUCAACUCUUCUACACUUGAUUUUACUGUAUACUACAUUAUGCUAAAAGCUGUUAAAGGAUCCUGAAUAAUAAAAACUUAAAUUGUCAAAGGAAA